AAACAGGGAUGGAAAAGUAGAUAGGAAGUACAAUGUACAAACUGGAAGGGUGAGGGAGAGGGAGAACCUGUAGGUUGGACGGUGGAAGAAACAGUGCUGCCUUUAAAGAUGGCCACCCGACGCAACGCGCCGUGUCGCGUCUAUGUCGAAAAAUGAUCGAAAACCCUUAUCGAAUUACGAAUACUGACUAAAUCGAAUCGUACGGUGAUCGGAAAGACGUUUGGUACGAUCGUUUGGUGACUGUCGGGAAAGAUGUUUGGUGUUGCAGAGUGUUUGGUCAAUUGAAAAACCAAAAGGUUGACAAGAUGCGAGACGAACAGGUCAGUCUAGCGGUGGUAGUCAUCCUACCCCGUGUCGAGUGACAGUGGCUUACGUAACGAUUAUUCUCGCUAUGAUAACGAUACUCCAGCCGCGAAUGCGAAACAAGAAACUGUUUUACCGGGUUAUUCGCGGCGCUGCGCACCAAUCUGCUAGAAAUACGCAUCGCGGCUGACCUGAUUACUUAUUCUCUGUCGUUCUGAUAUCGUACCACGCGACUGUUCGAGUAUAUACACCCUGCUACCUUGUAAUCCAGCACGCUGGAAAAUAAUAUUGGAUCGCAUUUUGAUAAAUUAUGACAGCGGCGCUCGUCAUGGAAAACACAAAUUGGGAUUCUGCGUUAUCCAAGCUGCUGAAUUCUCUACAGGAGAGCAAAAGUGAAAUACCAAGUUGUACCGACGAGGAAUUCGGAUUCUUGAGCGAAUUGUUGCAAUCGAAGGAAUUGAACGCUUUAGUGAAUGUUCAUAAUAAAAUCUUGAACAAUGUCAAGGACGACAAAUUUUUUCCUGUACUCUCCAAUUCCAUGGAUAUCGACAUCGAAGUUCUCGAUCUAUUAUCAACAAAAACGCACAUUUCCAAGGACUGCAAGGAACUUUUCCAUUUGCUUCAAAAACCACACAUACAGGGCUUGUUGUGCGCUCAUGACGCGGUCGCCCAGAAAGACUAUUAUCCCCGAUUACCGGAGAUUCCUCUGGAAGUCGACGAAGACGAAGAGACGGUGAAGAUCGUACAGUUGGUGAAAUCGAACGAACCUCUGUGUGGCGCUGGCGUUGAACCGAUCGUGGGGGCGACCAUAAAAACAUGCGAGGUCACCGGCAAGAUCGUGAUAGCGAGAAUAAUGCAUGGCGGUGCGGCCGAUAGAUCCGGCCUCAUUCACGUUGGCGACGAAGUUUGCGAGGUCAACGGCAUCAGCGUCGAGGGAAAGACUCCGAAUUGUGUUCUUAAAAUAUUGCAAAAUUCCGAGGGUACGAUUACUUUUAAGAUAGUGCCUGCCGAUAGUAAAGGGGGAAUUCGUGAGAGCAAGGUACGAGUUAGAGCGCACUUUUCGUAUAAAGCUGCCGAAGAUCCGUACAUACCUUGCAAGGAGGCUGGAUUAGAUUUUUCGAAGAACGACGUUCUCCACAUCGUCAGUCAGGAUGAUGCUUAUUGGUGGCAAGCUAGACGAGAGGGUGACCGAAAUAUGAGAGCUGGCUUGAUCCCCAGCAGAGCCUUACAAGAAACACGAAUUAUACUUGAGAGGCAACAAAAAGAGAAGACCGACGACGACAAUAUAAGCUUGUGUUCUGUUCCAGUGCCUUUGCCCGCAUUGUGCCCCCGUCCCAGUACCUCUUUACACGCCUCGUCUACAAAGUGCAACUUGCAGGGAGUAAAAACUAAAAAAAUCAUGUAUGACGCUGCAGAGAACGACGAUUUCGACCGGGAAGAAAUACUGACCUACGAAGAGGUCGCAAAGCUCUAUCCGAGACCGGGCCACUAUCGGCCGGUGGUUCUGAUCGGGCCACCGGGUGUAGGCAGGAACGAGCUGAAGAGACGGCUUAUAGCCACCGAUCCCGAUAAGUACAAGACACCUGUUCCUUAUACCUCGAGACCACGGAAACCAGGUGAAGUCAACGGUGUAGAGUAUCAUUUUGUUACUCGAAAAAAGAUGGAAGAGUAUAUCGAGUUUGGCAAGCUUAUAGAAUACGGCGAGUAUAAAGGCAACUUGUACGGUACCAGUUCCGAGAGCGUUAGCUCGUUGAUAAACGCCGGAUACGUGUGUCUAUUGAAUUCUCACUAUCAAGCCCUGAAGAUGCUUCGAACUCCGCAGACAAAACCAUAUGUAAUAUAUAUAAAGCCGCCAAAGUUCGAGAUAUUGAAAGAAACGAGAAACGAUGUUAGAGCAAGAUCCACUUUCGACGAAAGCAACUCUCGGGGCUUUACGGAUGAGGAAUUUCACGAAAUAUUGUAUAGCGCUGCGAGAAUGGAAUUCCUUUACAAUCAUCUGUUCGACGAAGUGAUCGUAAAUGCCGACCUCUCAAUGGCGUUCGAGCAACUGGUGAACGCUGUUCAUCGAGUCGAGUCGGAACCGCUUUGGGUACCUGCUUCGUGGGUUCAAUAAAUCUCGCUUCAAUCAAUGGUUCACGGAGAAACAGAAGAAAUUCUUGGGAACGUUGCACGUUCGAUACCACGACGUUCGGCGGAUGUUUUUCUCCAAAUUUUCCAAGCUGUACUUUUUUAGCGAAGCGCGUCCCCUUCUUCCUCCUCUUCUAUAGCAUUUCAAAUUGACGCGUAUUCUCCAUGAGACUAAUAUCGAUGCCUUUUUGCCCUUAGAUAUUUAUAUACGUGUUUGAUACGCGUCGAUAGUUGUGAAACUCGGCUCGUCUUGUUUAUUACAUUAUUUUCUCUCUCCUUUUUCGAUCCGGGGAUAUUACUUGUUCUUCGAAUUAUACGUACGUAUAGAUAUAUGUAGAUACACGUCGACCGGUACGUAGCAGGUAACUGGAAAGGAGAAAGUCGUUCAUAUUUUUGCAGCGAUCUCGUUUUUAAGCGUUCGAAUGAAUCAUUUUUCCACCUUGUUUUCUAACGUAUCAUCAUGCGCGAUCCUAGAAUUUUUACUGCCACGAAUCGAAAGUAUCUUGCGGCGAAGGAAGAAGCAUUGCUAUAGGGAAAGUUAAAAGAAGGCUAUUGAAGAGAGAAAUGGGUGAAACAGUGUUAAAGUUAUUACGUAAUUUUGGGAUCAACGAUUAUAAAUGGUAAACCUCAUUGUGACGAGUCGAAAAAUUCUUUCGAAACUUGGUAAAUCGAAACUUUGAAAUGUUAAGCAAUUGUUGCCACCACUCGUGACCUUUGAUCCCAGUUGUUGUUGAUUAUUGCCAAAUAAGUAUCGUAUACCUAGAACACGAUGAGAAUCACCUUAAAGUUUUAUUGUAUUUUCCACCUGAUCAGCAUUGCCACGAUAUUGCUAUUUUUUUCAUAAUUAAAGGGCUGCCAGAGCAUGAGCAAGAUUUAUGCACGCUAUACUCUACUGGCGUUGCAUCAAAUAGUUCAUCCUCGAUGUAAACUCUAUAUGUUAUCAAAAUACAGCAUUACACUUUCAA